AUGGUGGAGAAAGUCUCUUACUUUCUCGCGUUCCCCGUAGACAUCGACGAGAAAAAGUCGGUUGGCCACUUGAAGGACGCAAUCAAGGAGAAGAAGAUGUACCGGUUUCCUGCCAACCACCUGCACCUCGAAGACGGAGGGCUGAAAGGGGCGGGCGUGAAAGCUGUGACGAUCGGGAAGGCCAGUGGGCUACCUGAGAUGCUAGAUGGAGAUGGAAAUGGACAGCCGAGAGGCUUCAAGGAGAUGAAUCCGCUGUUGUGGAUCAAGAACCCCGAUAACUUUGGGGGGAACUUUCAAGCGGGCGAGGACGAAGUUCACGUGCUGGUGGUGGUCUCGAAGCAAGCGAUCUCGGCUUCAAUUGUCUCCCAAGAUGGUGUCUUUGAUCAUUGCAGCGACCCGUUCUUCGCACAAUUCCCCACGGUUGAGCAAGUAGGCGAUUGGCUCGAAUUUUCGUCGUUGCUGCCGUUAACAAAACGUCAGAAGCUCUACAUUCGUUCUUCGUACAAAGUGAUCGCCGAACAAGCACUGCUGAAUCCAGAUCGGACCAUGGUCAAGUAUGCUGUCGUCACGGGCACGCCUGGGAUAGGCAAGUCGGUGUUCGUCAACUACAUAAUGUGGAGGUUGACCAAGGAGAAGAAACGCGUGCUGUUUUUCGACAGCGAGGGGAAUUUCUACUUUGAUGGAACGAAUAUGCUCACGUGCAAGGUACUGCCCGACAAGUCCAACCGACAGUUCUGGUCGAGUGAUUUGUGGUGCCUUGUGGAUUCGUUGGAUCCAACGAGUAUUGCUGGACUUCCCUAUCGCAUAUGCUCCAUUCUUCUCGCAAGCACACCGCGGCGGGAUUGCAUUGGAGAAUUUAAGAAGCUGGCCCCCACUCCAGAUGUACUGUACAUGCCGCUAUGGAAGGAAGAAGAACUCAGCGCUAUCGCCUCCAUGUAUCCAAAUGCACGAGACGAGUGGAAGCAUCGAUUUAAGUGCUUAGGUGGUGUGCCUCGUCUUGUGCUGGAAGACAUUGGAACUGACCCGCAAGUGUUGCUGGAGACCGCUUGCAAUAGUUGCUCUCUCGAUGAGUGCAAGACGUUGGUGUCCAUCAACUCGGAGAUUAAUUCGAGGACCCAGAUGGCUCAGACUCUGAUUCACAUCUGCAGCCAAGAGCCAUAUACAGAGUACCAAGUUGUGUAUGCGUCCGAAUUGGCGAUGCGAGUGAUUGCUCGGACGAAGUUGGUAUCGAAUCGCAGGAACAUGGAAAGUUUUCUCAGCGCAUGCAACGGGAACCCGCUGGCUCAAUCGAUGUGCGGAUACAUCUUCGAGCCUCACUGUCUGCGACUAUUGCAUGAGGGUGGGAGUUUUGAGUAUCGAGAACUGUUGUCAGGCGCCGACAUGCAGCGCCAACGCAAAAGAGGCCGCCGAGAUAUUGUUGAAACAGAAAUUACAAUCCCAUCGUCAUCGAAGCCUUCUCAAAUUGUGGAGCGGGUGGAAGCUGGUCAAGUUGCGAAUCAGCUUUACGUGCCUCGGACAUCGAAUUAUGUCGCUAUUGAUGCAUGGAUGCCGCAGUUCGGUGGAUUCCAAGUCACUGUGGGAAAGACUCAUGAUAUCAAGGCCGGCGCGGCAGAUGAUUUGGCGAAACUGGGUCCGGGUGGCAAUCAACUCUUCUUUUUGCUUCCACCGCUGUACUACAAAUCAUACUUGUUUCUGGGCUUUUGGACGUCCAUGAAGAGCGUCGCGUACUUCCCGGCGCUGAUGGAGCUCUCGAUCAUCAACCAACCCACGAUCUGCGAGCUUGAAGGCCUAAAUCUGAGCUCGAACAAGAUCCGACGACUUGAAAACUUGGACGCGCUGGUGAAGUUGGAGAAGUUGUGGGUGAACCUGAACCAAUUGGAAAGGCUUGACGGACUCUGGAGACUCACGAAGUUGACGCAGCUCUGGGCGUGUCGUAACCGUAUUGACCGCAUUGACACGGCGCUCAAUGGCUGCGUGAAUCUCACGGAACUGAACUUGGCGGACAACCGGCUGUCGAGCUUUAAAGGACUGUUGUCCCUCAUGAACUUGGACCAACUUGCUGUUCUCGAUACCGUGGAGCUGUCUGCGCGCAACAAACAAAUAGCGGAGGCCACUAUGAUCAAGAAGAAAAUGAUUCGCCAUGCCGAGACGAUCCGCAACCAGGCUGAGCAUCACAUGGAAACGAGCGUGUCGGCUCUGGUGCGACAUAAGAAGGAAAUUGAGAGGUUUUUGGUCGAGAACAGCGCUAGAAAGGAUGAAAUCACUGCAAAAGUGUCCCAAGAUAUGAUCACUGCGUUGGAGAAGAAGCUGGAGUGUGUGAGCUCGUGUCUGCAGGACCGCUACAGUGGAGUGUAUCGCAUGAAUCAAGACUUUGAGUGGUUAAGGACAAGUUUGACGUAUACUUCCUGA